CCAUAUACCGAGAGAUCAGAUUUGACAGCUGUGAGCACCAAAAUUCUGUAAAUCGUGAUGUUGGGUUGGAGAAGAGAAGAAAUGCGAAGCCCUCGCUUGAUGUCCCGCCCGUAUUGUCCACUCCACUCCACCACAGCCCCUGAAAAUCUUCUUAUCAAAGAGCGCAAAAGAAAGAAAAAAAGAUACGUGAGGUCUCACCAGCGAGCCUCACCGAUUCUUUCACCCAGCGUGCCGUCGAACCCGAUGGACCCCACAGCCCUAACUGAAGAUACCCCGCCAGACACAGGCAGCGACCCAAUCGUGUCCCUGCUGACCGCCUACAACGAACUGAACCCCGCCUCGGUAGAUGAGCUCACCGAAGUACCUUCCCCAUUAGAGUACAUGCGCUGUGUCGCUCGCAAUCGACCCUUUGUUGUGCGAGGUGGUGCAGCAGAUUGGGAAGCUACCAAGACUUGGGAUGUGGCGACCUUGAAGGAAUUACUGAAGGGCCAGACCGUCAAUGUUGCUGUUACCAAGAAAGGGAAUGCAGAUUCUCCAACACUGGACGACGAAGGAAAACUGUUGUUCGUGAAACCACAUGAAGAGCAGCAGUCCUUUGAAUCCUUUAUCGAUUUUGUUUCCGAGCAGGAAAGAACUGGUGAUUUGACGGGAGAAGUCAGAUAUGCUCAGACCCAAAAUGACAACCUCAGAGAAGAAUAUUCAGCCCUGUUCACCCAGGUGGAACAGGAUAUCCCUUGGGCACGCAUCGCUCUAGAACAAAAAUCCGAGGCUAUAAAUUUCUGGCUAGGGAAUUCGAGAUCCGUGACCGCGCUUCACAAAGACAAUUAUGAGAACAUUUACGUUCAGAUCAUAGGACAGAAGCAUUUCGUCCUGUUGCCACCUCUGGCAUACGCUUGUGUAGCUGAGCGAGAAUUGCCUGCUGCAACAUAUGUGCGGGGUGCUGAAGGUGAGUUGAAGAUUGAAGAAGAUGGAGGAGAAAGCGUGCCAUUUGCUGCGUGGGAUCCGGAUGCAGAGCCUGGGAGUGAGGAGUGGCGAGGAACGAAGUACUCAAAGUACGCUGAACCGAUCAGAGUGGGUUUGAGGAAAGGAGAUAUGCUAUAUCUACCUGCAUUAUGGUAUCAUAAAGUUUCACAAUCGUGUUCUGAGGAAGGGAUAUGCUGCGCGGUCAAUUAUUGGCAUGACAUGGAGUUUGGUGGCAGCUUUUAUCCUCUAUGCGACUUCGUUCGGAGUACCGCCAAAGCUGCCCUUGGCGAAGGGGGUUGAAGAGCGAGAAAAUGUUCAGCGCUUUCCUCAACAAUCGAAGGUUACCAAGAAGUUUGAGCUGGAACUGUCAGAUCUGACUAGUAACAUCUAAUCUAAUUGACAAUGGCUAAACAAGUUGCCCAUACCAGACGUCAUAUACAAGGCUCCAUCUCCCAAUUCAGAUUUAACUAAGCAAACUUUUGCCAUCGGGAAUCCCGAUACCCUCCGGUCGCCAACGCGGGGCAACCCGCGCGUUCG